AUGACCGCUCAAGUGGGAUUCUUCCCCUUCAUGGGCUUCAUCGUCCUCAUUGCUGUCGUCCUGGGAAGACACUCGCCUUCUGUUGGCGUCAGCACCGCUCUCAAGGUUCUUCUACCACUGGCCACUGUCUUGUACACUCUAUAUUACAGUUGGAUCUACCCUUUGUAUGUUUCGCCAUUGAGGCACAUCCCCACUGUCCCCGGCUUCCCGCUCUGGGGUCAAUUCCUCACUAUCAUUACCACCGAGGUUGGUGUCGCACAGAGAGAAUGGCACCAGAAGUAUGGUCCUAUUGUGCGAUACUUCUUUCCCUUUGGCAGUGAGCGCCUUUCUGUGGCCGAGGACGACGCCAUCAAGCAGAUGACGGUCCGGAAUCCGUACAACUAUCCCAAACCUGACCGAGCGAGGAAGUGGAUGAGGCCGGUCCUUGGAGAAGGCACGUCAAAGAAGCAGACCUGCUCCUUAUGCGUCUGA